GCUCAGUUGCUGUAGUUAUACCAUGCCGAGCGGACGGCUGAGUUGGGAUCACCUGUGAAAGUCCGAUUUACCGCGGUGGUUAUAUGAGGAAGUGUAAAUAGACCGUUAUGGAGCCUCUUCUUAUUGUCCUUCUUGCAAUCGGACUAUUCCACAGAGAUGCACUGUGCUAUCCCACAAAAGAUGAGUCCGACGUUAAGAUUGUAGUCCUUCAAAACGAAGAAAUGGAGCCAACGAUUUUGGAGUGUGACUAUGAGGUCGAAAGGGAUCCAUCCUUUAUCACUGUAAAGUGGUAUAGAGAUGAAAAGAACAUAUAUCAAUGGAUCUUUGGAAAACCUCCAAAUGCUAUUCCUGAGUUUAGGGAUGAAAUAGACAUCUCCUACGAGGGCUCUACGGAUCCAAGCAAGCAAUACAGCUCGUUGGCUCUCAUAAACCCCACGAUCAACACCACCGGGGACUAUAAGUGUUUGGUUCAGACCGAACUGAAGACGUUCACUAGUCACCAGAGGGUGCAGGUCAUAGAUGUGAGGAACUACACCCUUGAGCUGCUCCACAAACCAAUCCACAACGAAACCCAGCUGGAGUGCAUCGUAACCAACGUGUAUCCCAGACCCAUAAUAACGAUCCUGUCAAAUGACCAGGACGUCGUGAAGCGUGAGCCCAAUGUUAAGGAGAACGAGGACGGGUACUUCAAUGGCACUGCGGUGGUGGCGGUCUACGACAUUGACGAUGACCCGGAUGCCUACCAGUGCAUCGUUUCAUUUGACGGCUACGCAAAUAACCUGACAACAGUAGCCACAUCCGCAUCGGCGGGAAUUAGCCACGCUGGCCUGAAUCUGUGGCUGUUUUGUUUUUUGUACUACUUGCUCUCUAAGCUGGGCAUCUUAAUAUAAAUAAAAAUGUUGUUAUUUAUUGUUACUAAAAUUAUGUUUAUUGAAUUCUGUUUGCCAUAAAAAUUCUUCUCUACGUUCUUUCGACUUACAUAUCCAUUUUGUAAAUAAAUACGAAUACUUCACAAAA